CUGUGGAAGAAAUGUACUACUUCUUAUCCGAAAAGGAAAAGGACGAGCCGGGUCCUUUUUAUUCCGCUGCUAUUUCCCAAUCUCCCACACUCAUCACUCUGUAUCUCUCUCGAUCGAAUCCGGAAAUAUUACCCAUUACCCUACUCGUUGUCUCAAGCCAAAUCUGUCGCCCAUCUUUGUUCGGAACAAGCACUUCUCUCUCUCUAUAUAUAGAAAUCCAAGCAGCGAAGCCGCAAUCUGAUUUCAACAGACUGUGUCUGUAUUGGAUUCCCUGAAUGCACUGAUGAUUGUGGAUGGUUCUUCCCCUUUGCAUCUAAAGAGAAGAAGAUUUGCCACUGCUGAUACCAUGGAAGCUGAAGCAGCUAAGGCCAAGUUUGCAGCUGUUAAAGAGAAGUUUGGGCGUGAUAUCCGUGUGUUUGAAACAUCGGGAGUCUCUUCAUCACCGACUCAAGUGUCCAAUGAUGAUGAGAGGGAUGAUUUUUAUGAGUUCACUGCUGAGGAUUAUUAUAGAAUGCUGGCUACAAAGAAGGCCGAUAAAUAUUUAAAGACGAAAAAGAUUCGAGAAGCGGAAGUUGCUGCUCACAGGUCAAGAAUAACCAAGACUACAAUCAGGGUUCGUUUUCCUGAUAAUCAUACAUUGGAGGUGGUAUUUCAUCCAUCUGAAAAGAUUCAGAGCUUAUAUGAUCUUCUCUCUAGAAUGGUUGCUCAACCAGAAGUACCCUUUUAUGUUUACACUACUCCUCCAAAGAAGCAAAUCAAAGACAUGUCACAGGAUUUUUACUCUGCUGGUCUUAUUCCUGGUGCAAUCGUUUAUUUUUCAUAUGAUAUGCCAAAUCAGGUGGAUAAUGAAGCUGUCAAUUCUGGUCCCUUCCUCCAAGAAGAGGUUAUGUCUUUGAAAGGUUUGGAUGUUAUGCCAGAGCCAGUAGAGCCGAUCCAUACCACUCCAGAACCUGUGACAACAGCUCCUCCUCCAGUUCCACAAGAGCCCAAGGCUGCUGGGAAAAAACCUGUCAAGCCAAAGUGGCUUAAAAUGUGAUCCGACAAACUCUUCUAGUCAAGGUUCAGCAUGCGAAUAUAACUCUGUUAGAUAGAAGCAUGCUUAUAAGGUAACUUAUAGGACAUCCUAGGAGGAAGUCUUUCACAAUGAAUUUGUUCGAAAGUUGUAACAGUUCCAGAGGAACGCUCUCCUUUUCUUUUGACAACUCGUAUUUUUAUAGCUUAUUAUUUAUAGUUGUGUGAAUACAAAUCCACUGUAAGAAAAAGGAAGGAAUGGCUUCUUGUUUUGUCUUUAA